GCCGCGAUCAGCAAAAACGCCACACUGCCCACGGAGCUGUGGUUCACCAUCGCCAACCAGCCAUCUCCUCCACCUCCUGUGUCAGUCGUUGUUGUCAUCGUCAAGUUACGGAAAAUUAGCAACAUCACCCACGAAUAUGCAGCGAGUCGGCAACCUGACAAGGAUGGCAGCGGUGCUGCGCCAGCACAGUUGUGCGCCGCUGUCUCGAUGGCAGCCGCUCGUCAAGCACAUGAGCACCCAUGAAGAUCCACUGGGCAUUGGGCAAGCACCGCCGAGCCAUCGUGGACCGCCACCGGCUGGAAAAGGAAAAGUUCCGAGGAAGUGGCCCAUCUUCGGCGUGAAGCAGAUCAUCCUCGUGUCAUCUGCAAAAGGCGGUGUCGGAAAGAGCACCACAGCGGUCAACCUUGCACUUGCGCUGCGCGCCGUCAAGCCCUCGAUGGCCGUUGGACUGCUGGAUGCAGAUGUGUAUGGACCAUCUCUCCCAAAACUGAUGAACCUCUCUGGACAGCCAAACAUCAACGACCGCAACCUCAUGAUCCCUCUUGUCAACUAUGGCAUCAAGUGUAUGUCGAUGGGAUUUCUCGUUGAUGAGGCAGAUCCAAUUGUCUGGCGCGGUCUCAUGGUCAUGAGCGCAAUCCAAAAGCUCCUCAGACAGGUUGCGUGGGGCGAUCUUGAUGUGCUCGUGAUCGACAUGCCGCCCGGCACCGGUGAUACGCAGCUCUCCAUCGCGCAGCAGGUCCCCGUCGACGGCGCUGUGAUCGUCUCGACCCCACAGGACCUCGCUCUCCUCGACGCUCGCCGUGGCGUGAACAUGUUCCGGAAAGUGGACAUCCCUGUCCUCGGCAUUGUGCAGAACAUGUCACACUUCCUCUGCCCAAACUGCGGGCACGCCUCGUCCAUCUUUGGGUCUGGCGGUGCACAGGAUCUUGCGGACGAAGUUGGCGUCGACAUCAUUGGCGACCUGCCGCUGGAUAUGGACAUUCGAACGCUUUCCGACGAAGGAAAGCCAAUCGUGGUUGCACAGCCAGAGAGCAAGCAGGCGGAGAGCUAUCGAGUAUUGGCGCAAAAUGUGCUGUCGCGUCUGCCCGAAUACGUCGACCGCUUCGCACCAGACACACACGCGCACACACGGGAGGGAGAGGGGAAGCAGUAAGGUGGUGCUAUGGUGAUGUUGAGUCGACUUUCGCUGUGAAUGAGUGUGUGUGUGUUGUGAUAUCGUGCAGCAAGGCACCGAUGAUGAGAACUUCUGUUAUUGUCGAGAAACACGCAUACACAUCACCAAUAAGCAAG